AUGCUAGAAGGUCUUGUCGCGAACCUGUUAAACAGGUUUCUGGGCAUGUACGUCAAAAAUUUUGAUGCCGGACAGCUCAAUGUUGGGAUAUGGUCGGGCGAUGUGACGCUACGAAACCUUGAACUGCGGCGGGAAGCCCUCGACCAGCUCCGUCUUCCAUUAAAUGUUGUCGAAGGCUAUCUUGGAGAACUUACUUUGUCAAUACCUUGGUCAAAUUUGAGGGGCCAGCCGGUGAGAGUCCUCAUACAAGACGUCUUCCUGCUCUCUGUACCCAAGGAGGAUGCUACCUACGACCCAGAGGAGGAAAAACGACGGCAACAUGCCAUCAAGAUGGAGAAACUCGAAAGUGCGGAAAUACUGAAGGAGCAACAAAAUACCGACGGGAUGUCCCAGGAAGAGCGAUUGAAAAACCAGAGUUUUACCCAAAGUCUGACUACCGCAAUUAUCGACAAUCUCCAAGUGGAAAUUAAGAACGUGCAUUUCCGCUAUGAGGAUUCCAUUGCGUCCCCGGGACAUCCUUUCGCCUUGGGUAUCACGAUCAAGGAGCUCAGCGCUGUCAGCACGGAUGCUGAAUGGAAACCAACAUUUAUUCAGUCGACAUCCGGCACAAGCCAUAAAUUGGCUGUUCUUGAAGCCCUCGCCAUCUAUUGGAACACCGAUGCAGCACUAUUUGGGUCAGGCACGGAAGGUUACAGCGAAGGCAUGGGCCUAGGUCGUAGUGAGUUGAUCAGUAGACUCAGGGCCGCCAUCAGCGAAGAAAACCAUCAGUUCAUGUUGAAACCUACUGGACGGACAGAUAGACCAAGAAUCAGGGCGAGACUACUUUUUGAUGAACUUGGCUUUGUUCUCGAUGAAGACCAGUACCGUGAUGUGUUGAUGCUUGUAGAUUUAUUUCACUACUUUAUUCGGCAUCAAGAAUACAAGCAACACCAACCAAAAGUUCGGCCCAAGGAAGACCCAAGAGCCUGGCUACAGUUUGCUGCCAAUUCUGUUCUUGGCAAAAUACACGACAGGAAUCGGCGUUGGACAUGGGAUUAUAUCAAGGAACGAAGAGAUGACCGGAUCGCAUAUAUCAACCUAUUCAAAAAGAAAAAGAGAGAUGAACCUCUAUCUCCAGAAGAAACUGCAGAGCUGACCUGCCUAGAAGAGAAGCUUUCCUAUGAGGAUCUCAGAUUUUGGAGCCCAAACAUGGUCCCGAAUGGGUUUGGGGCAGCCAGAAGGGAGGACCAAAGUACGACAAUGACUGAGGAGCAAAAACAGGAGCUGUGGGAGGCAAUCGACUGGGACGAGAAGAAGGCCAUCGCUGAGAGUGUCGAGCUUCCCAAGGACUCCGUCAAGUUCCAGGUAGACUCAAGUCUUAGAACAGGCAGCUUUACUUUGAAACGGGAUCCUCAAGGAAGAGCAAACGAGGUUCUGAAACUAGUCUUCGACGGUUUCCGAGCAAAAGCGAAACAACGACCGGAUUCCUUUGUCGUAGAUAUUGACUUAGGAGGCCUUCGAUUAUAUGAUGGAACCACAGAAGGCACACUUUUCCCGCAAAUAAUUCGGGUUAAGGACAGGGUGACAGAGGUUACAGACAAAGCAAACGAAAAGAUAGAGAGUCAAGACCUUGAGUCUCGGGAGGAUGAAACGUUGGACUUGGAUGACAGUCUGUUCCAUCUUCAAUUGGAACAAAACCCUCUCGAUGGCAGUGCAGAUUCUGCAAUCAAGAUGAAACUGACGAGUAUUGAAGUUAUUUACAACCCCGCGGUCCUCGUUGAAGUAGUCAGGUUUUUCCGACCUCCUGAAAGACAUAUGGAAUCCAUUGGCGCCCUGCUUGAAACUGCUGGUGCCACCGUCGAGGAGAUUCGACAACAGACCCGUGCCAGUUUGGAGUUUGCACUGGAAGAGCAUAAAACAAUCAAUGCGCAAUUCGAUAUCCAAGCACCUCUCAUCAUAGUUCCUGAAAGUAUUGACAAGGAGAGCACUGUAUGUUUGAUCGUUGACGCUGGUCAUGUCAGUGUAACUAGCGAAUUGGUAUCUAAGGACAUGAUUAGAGACUCUCAAGGAAAACAAAAGAGAGAGUUUAGUGAACAAGACUACAAGCAACUGGAAAGUUUGAUGUACGACAGGUUUCUCCUAAAGCUCGACUCCACUCAAGUCCUUAUCGGUCCUGGAAUUGAGGCCACUAAAGCACAACUAGCUUAUGGUGUCGCUUCGAGAAAUUUCCAUAUCAUCGACCGAAUAAGUAUGAAUUUCAUGCUUGAAUUGUGCAUUGUUCCGAAAUCUACUGAACUUACGCGGACGCGAGUCUCAGGUCACUUGCAAGAAUUGCAUGCCUCGAUGUCAGACACGAAGUACAAAAAUCUCAUGAGGUUGAUUGACAUUGCGAUCCCUCAGAUUGAUGAUGACCUUCAAGAUAGCAGCUCUAAAUCACUAGGACCCUCGAGGGAAAGGUCUGGGACAGAUGCCUCUGCCAGAAGACCCAGAUCAUCGUCGUUUCAACUGCUCAGCCUACCGGAGAUCGCUCUUGAUGAAGCUGAUUCAGAUGCCGAAGAGUCUCGGGGUCACAUUAGUGAACCAGGGUCUAAAAAACAACCUACAAAUAUCCACAAACGAACAUUUGAAUUCAAAUUUACUGUUGAUACACUUCGCGGAUCGCUUUAUCGCUCUGACCCUCACGAUGAGAGCGCUGAUAGGUUGCUGGUAGAACUAGUCGCGAAUCAUUUCCAGCUGGACUACUACCUUCGCCGAUAUGAUAUGGUCGCAGAAAUUAUCCUGAAGUCUCUUAGCGUCGACGAUUAUAUCGAGGAUUCACCGGCCCCAGAAUUUAAGCAAAUAAUCUCUUCCAAAGGUUUUGACGCAAAUGAAGAAAGAGAUUUGUUCAACCUGAGGUUCGUUCGUGUGAAUGCGAACUCUCCAGAGCUUAUAUCGACCUAUGAUUCAACAGAAAUGAAUUUGGACCUUGCAAUAUCCACGAUAAACCUUGUCGUCACGAGGAAAACUCUUCUAACUCUGUUGGACUUCAUCCUUAUAACAUUCACGAACCCGGAUAACAAUAACAUUAACCCUCACAAUAGCCACGAACAAGCCCAAGCAGUCACACCGUUACUGGAACAUCCUGAGGAGGGACAGCAGCAGCCUGGUGCUGGGAAAAUCCGCAUUAAAUCGAAACUGGAAAGAAUUUCUCUUAUCCUCAACGAUGAUGGAGUCAGGCUUGCUACUCUUAGCUUAAAUACUGCUGACGUUGGCAUCGUUUUAAUUGGCCCGUCAAUGAGAAUUGAAGCGCGGAUGGGUAGCUUGACUCUUUUUGAUAAUAUGAAUGGCUCACACUCGGCAGUUCGGAGGUUAAUGAGUAUCGAAGGAGACGACUUUGCAGAUUUCAAAUACCAGACAUUCGAUCCCGAGUCCGAAGAUUAUCCUGGAUAUAACUCUGAAGUGUUUUUGCGAUCUGGCUCGAUUAAAAUUAAUUUUAUCCAGGGCCCUUAUCAGAGAAUCAUCAAUUUCUUAGUUAAAUUUGGAAAAAUGCAAGCUAUUUUUAAUGCUGCGCGCCAGGCUGCAGCGAACCAAGCGAACCAGAUCCAGGAGAACGCUUCCCUCAUGCGCUUCGAUGUUGUGGUUAAGACACCCAUCCUCGUAUUCCCUCGGAUUACUGAAGAAAACCGACCGAGGGAUUUCGUGACUGCACAUUUGGGAGAAAUUUAUGCCAACAAUAAGUUCAGCCCGCUUGAUGAUGAAAGGAAUAGCCCAAGUGUCAACGUAAUUUCAGCCGGAGUUCGCCAUAUUCGAUUGACUUCAAACUUUUGGUAUGAGGACGAUUAUUGCGAAGAAUUGCAGAUGAUUGAGAAAGUGGACCUCGACUUUACCAUACUUUAUCUCGACCACCAGGCUGGUAUACCUCGCCCGGACAUUGAAGUUGAUGGGUCCAUGUCUCCUAUCAAUCUCAGAAUAUCUCAACCACAGCUUAAAUUUUUACUGGAGUUGUCACAGACUAUCCCGGCUGCGCUGCUGCCAGAUCAGGAUGUCCAGGAAGCAAAGGCACAUGAAACACUGGCUUCCACCACGGUGCCUGCAUUGCCAGGCACACCUAGACCGAGUGAGGAUUUGACCCCGGUGCAGUCACAUCCAUACAGCAAUAGUGAAGUUGAGUCAGAACCAUGGAUACGACUUGAUAUGGCAUUCCAGGUUGAAACAAUUGGUCUCGAGUUAAUUCUGGCGAAAGACCGCCAGCCAGUUGGACCAUUAGAUGAAGCAAGCUUGUCUAAGUUUUUCUUGAACAAUACAAAUAUCAAGCUUCGAAUGCUGAGUGAUGGUGCCCUUGAAUCUGAACUCCUGGUCCACUCAUUUAAUAUCCGUGAUAGUCGAACCAAAGAAACGAAUCGCUUCCGCAAAAUUAUGUCUUUGAUCAAUACAGAUGUCCAGCAGCAGUUUAUGGCCAGCAUAUCAAUUUCCGGAGGUGAAGAAAAGCACCUUAUCGUUAUGCUUACUAUUGAUAGCCCGAGAGUCAUAUUGGCCCUGGAUUAUCUUUUCGCGCUGCAAUCCUUUGCAGCCGCAGCUUUUGCGAACGACGAGGAACCUGCAACCGAUGAAGAUGAAGAGGAGGAGGAGGAGACACAAUCAGAAUUUCCUUCGCUCGGUUCCCCUGCGACAACUUCGCCAUCCGCGUCUGCCAACGGUUCUAAAAACGAGAUGACAUUUUCUUUCAGGGUCAACAUUGUUGAUGCUCAAAUGAUUCUAGUGGCUAAUCCGGCAAUAACAAAUACUGAGGCCAUAGUUUUGGGUUCGAAGCAAAUACUUUAUUCUCAACAGAAUGCCUCCACACUGGAAAUGACCCAAGUCGGCAUGUUCCUCUGUCGCAUGGACAAAUUUGAGACCAGCCGGCUUCGACUGCUCGAUGACUUUGCAAUUGCUCUUUCCAUGGAUAUCCAGCCCAAAGGGAAAUGCUCGUCAAUGACAAGAAUCGAUGUACAUAUUGACCCUCUAGUACUCCGGUUAUCACUCAGAGAUAUUCUCCUUGCUGUUCAAAUUAUGAACAAGGCGUCUGAAAUGGGGGCUCAACACUCGGAGGAAAUCCAAAGAUCAAAAGUCUAUAAAGCCCUCGCAAAAACGAUCUGCCGGAGGUAG